AUGGCGCUAGGCAAGAGGUCUUCCCAGAGCAAUGGGCGUCGACGCUCCCUGAUGGACGACGAAGAUGACGACAUCGAUGCCGUCUCGCCAAAGCGCAUCCGCACCAAUCACCAAGUUCCGCUCAGCAAUCGCGACGGCACUCCAGUACAGUCACGGCCUCGGCCGCAUCGACCUGAACAACCAGAAGAGGAUGACGGCGUGGUGACGCCAGAUGAGGGUGUAAGCGAUCAGGAGCAGGAGCACGACGACGACGACGACGACGACGAAGACACGGACGAAGAUGAGCAUGAUGAGAUCGACUCCGACGAGGACAGGGCCGAGCAGGAGCGCCGUCUGGCUGACGCAGAUCAGGGCACCGCUCAGUCCGGUAUCGUCGAAAAGAUUGAGCUGCGCAACUUCAUGUGCCACGCCAACUUCACCAUCCAGUUUGGCCCCAAGCUCAACUUUGUCAUGGGUCGCAACGGCAGCGGCAAGAGCACCAUCCUCACCGCGCUCAUGGUAGCGCUCGGCGGCAAGACUAGCUCCACCAAUCGCGGCUCCAGCCUUAAGGACCUCGUCAAGAAAGGCGAGUCCAGUUCCACCAUCAUCGUGACCUUGCGCAACCAAGGCAGCGAUGCCUUCAAGCCAGAAGCGUACGGCAACUUCAUUAUCAUCGAACGUCGCAUCCUGGCCGAAGGCGGCGGCACCUGGAAGAUGAAGUCUGCCGCCGGCAAGGUCGUCGCCACCACAAAGUCGGAGCUCGAGUCGUUUUGCGACUUUGCCAACAUCCAGCCUGACAAUCCCAUCCACAUCCUCACCCAAGAUACCGCCCGGCAGUUCCUUGGCAGCUCAGACCCCGCCGAGGUGUACAAGUUUUUCCUUGAAGGCACCCAGCUUAGCCAGCUGGUGCGCGAGUACAAUCUCAUCGAGACGCACGUACGCAGCAUGAAGGCGGCGCUCGCGCUCAAGUCCGGCGCCCUAGAACAGCUAGAGACCCUCGCACAACAUGCGCUUCAGCAGUGGCAAAAGGUGCGCGAGACGCGUGGUUACCAGGACAAGAUCGAUAUGCUCGACCGAGAGUUUGUCUGGGUCCAAGUCCAAGACGCCGAGGCACAGUUGCAGCACGCCGUGGAAAAGACCGAACGCAUCCGCGCAAAGCUCGUCAAAUGCGACGACAGCCUCAAAGAAAGUCUCAAGGCACUUAAAGAGUGCGAGGAGCGCAUCGUGCAGCUCGAGGAUGAGGACGGCAACUUCGAUCGCGUCUUUGCGCCGAUUCAGGAGGAGCAUGCCGAGCUCGUGCGCAAAGCCAAGGACCUAGCACAGCAGAUCAAGGCGUUCAACGUCCAGGAGCGCGAACUCAACGACAAGAUCAUCGAAAUCAACAGAGGAAUCGAGAGAUACGAGGACCAGAUUCGCGAAGAGACCGCCAAGCUUGCCCACGACGGCAAAUCACGGCGUCAGCAGCUCGAGGAUGAGCGCCAGUCGGUGCAAAGGCAGCGCCAAGAACUUCAAGAUCAGACGCUGGACAAGGAAGAGCAACAACGCGAGCUCGAAGCGAAAAUCGCCGAACUGACCGGCCUCGAAGACUCCCACGGUCAAGAUCUACGUCGCCUGAAGGACGAAUAUGGCGCGAACGGUUCGCGACUUGCGCAGUUGCGCGAGAGCAGCAAAAAUCGCCUCGCCGCAUUCGGUGGACCAAAGAUUCCCGCCUUGCUUCAAGCCAUCAACAGCGAGAGCGGCUGGAGGUCCAAGCCCAUCGGACCCCUCGGUACGCAUCUCAAGCUCAGGGACGCGCGCUGGCAGAGGGUGCUCGAAAGCGUCAUCGCCAACAACCUCAAUGCCUUUUUCGUCUCGAAUCACGCGGAUCGCAUGCGCCUCAAGAAGAUAAUGGAUCGCCUCGGUGUCCAUUCGCCCAUCAUCAUUGGUGCCGAAACGCUGUUCGACUACUCUUCCGGGGAGCCACACCGGGACAUUACCACCAUACUGCGAGUGCUCGACUUCGACAACGAGAUCGUCAAACGUCAGCUCAUCCUUGCCGUCCACAUCGAGCGUGCAGCUCUGGUUGAAAGGCGUGCCGAAGGUGACAGGCUCAUGCGAACAACCCCCGCCAACGUGCAGGUCUGCUUCUCCGCCGACAUGUUCAGCAUUUCCGGUGGACAGGCCGGCUCGCUAUCUGCUGCUCUGCAGGAACACAGAGGUGCACCUCGUCUCUCGCAGAAUGUCGGCGACGUCAUCCGCCGAUUGGAAGAGGAACAGCAGCGCCUCGAAUCCGAGAUCGCCGCUUGCAACCAGCAGCUCCGUGAGCUCAGGCAGCAGAGGAGCGGUCACGAACGGUCAAGAGAGACGUGCAAGCGCGAGCUCGACGCCCUUCGAAGGCGCAAAGACAUUCUUCGCCAAGACCUGAGUCGGCUGGACGAGCAGAUGCAGGAGGCGGCGCCGGGUAACAUCUCGGCGCUCGAGGAAGCAAAGCGCGAGGUAGAGGCUGAGAAGGAGGUCAUCCUGCAGCAGUUUGAAGAGAUACAGUCGCAAAAGGCUGCCAUCGUCGCCAAACGGACUCCGAUUCAGGACGAAAUCCAAGCGCUGGAAGUGCGCAAGAGCCAGGUCGAGGAGAGGAUAGGCAAUCUGCACGGCAACCUCCGAGAAGCUGUGGCUCAGCGAGUCGAGCAGAUGAACAAUCGGGAUCAUUGGCAGAGGAAACACGCCAGCAUCGAAGCCGAGGUGAAGGCGAGCGAGACCGAAGAAGCGAAUUUCGAGCAAGAUUACCAGAACGUCGAGCAGGCAGCUUUGCAGUACUGCGACAAGAUUGAGACGACACGGACGAUGAUCCAGAUCGAAAAGGAGAAGAAGGAGCUGCAGCUGCUCAAGAAGAAGGCGGCCUCGGAGGCAGGCGUCACCUUGGAGCAGGCUGCCGAGGAGCUUCAGAAACGCAAGCAGGCUCUGGCGGAAGCGAAGGACGAGGUUUCGAAUAUGAACGAAGCUGAACGAAGACUGCGAAGCUCUCUGGCGGUGCGAUACGCCAAGUGGAACUUCUUCCGUCGAUCCAUCGCGCUGCGAGCCAGGAGCAACUUCGCCCGCAACCUGGCGACUCGUGGCUACGAAGGGACGCUCAAGUUCAACCACAAGUCGGAGAAGCUCUCGCUGGCCGUCGAUACGCAAGCGCAAGACCAAUCGCAUCGCUCGAGCUCUGCAGCCGCGACGCAGCAGCAUUCCAACAAAGGAAUGUCGGGAGGCGAGAGGAGCUUCGCCACGGCGUGUCUGUUGCUGUCGUUGUGGCAGGCGAUGAGCUCUCCGAUCCGGUGCUUGGACGAGUUCGAUAUCUUUAUGGAUCAGGUGAAUAGGAGGGUGGCGUUGUCGAUGAUCAUGAACGAGGCUAGGUCGACACCGCACGUUCAGUAUAUCAUGAUCACGCCGCAGGAUAUGCCGGACAUGAGGGGAGAGAUGGACGAUGUCAAGAUGUUGGUGGUGAACCCGCCGGAGAGGAAUGAGGGUGCGCUGGCUGGGUGA